AUGCCUGACGAAGAAAAAGCAGAGGUUCUUAAACUACUUGAUCAGUUGUACCCUGAUCAGGCAACGGCUAUAGAAGCAUUAUACCGUGCAAUCGACUACGUAGAGUACAUCAGUGCCAAGGACCAAGUAGCCAUCUGGACUCAUGCAGCCAACCCACCAACUCGACAAUUGACGGAUCGGCUGGUUGGCGCGGAAAACAACGUCAAUCUACCCAGAAUCUCGGGUGUCCUACUCAACAUUAUGGCGCAAUUAUUAUUCAUAUCCUUACGAAAAAAAUUGAUCCACAAACUCAGCGUGACUGUGGAGGUUAGUAUUGCUUCUACUACUACCUUACCUCAAUAUGACACCUUUGAUAAAUUUUUACUAGAACGAAUUCGGGUUUUAGAAUCUCUCGGCAAGCUGCUCGGCAAAAAGUACUCUGCAUCAGUGACAGGAUUGGGUGGCACCCCAGCUAGUAGUACAUCUCAUGCUAUCAACAUUAAAUUGUUCAAUCAGACUCACCAGCUUGUGUGUCAAACUCAAGCCUUAGUCCUACCCACAAUCACCUCGUAUUCUGCUCAUGCACCUGGUCCAUUGACCAAGUGGACUCACCUUAAAGGUUUAAAUUUUGCUGAUGAUCUUUCAGCCACUGAUGAAAUUCAAUUACUCAUCAGGGCUGAUCUAUACGGUUCUAUUUUACUUAAUCAAAUACGCAAAGGAAGGAUCAACGAACCAGUUGCUCAACAAACAGUCUUUGGAUGGGUUGUGUUAGGUCCCUGCUCUAAUGUGAACCCCACUAUAGAAUUAUCUGUCCCAGUGCAUCAUUCAAUAGCAAUAAAUGAUCUUGAUCAGUUACUUCAGAGAUUUUGGGAAGUUGAAAGUCUUCCUCAACAACCCAUCAUUUCUCCCGCAGAUGAAGAGUGUGAAAUGCACUUUCUCAAAACUCAUUCGCGAACCAAUGAAGGACGAUAUGUAGUUCGUAUACCAUUCAAGUUGAAUAUGGCUCCACAGUGUAUGCUCACUGGUCCCAAACUGCAAUCUGAACUCUUCCUCAUCUUAAUGCAGUGGCGCUCGUAUCCAUUGGUACUCGUGGCUGACAUCACCAAGAUGUAUAGACAAAUUUCAAUUCACAUUCUUGACCGCGAUUACCAGCGCAUACUGUGGCGUCUAACCACUGAAAGCCCUCCUGUAGAUUAUCAAUUAAAUACAGUCACAUACGGGAUAAGGUCUGCUCCAUAUCUCGCUCUACAUGUACUUAAACAAUUAUUUUUAGAUGAAGGACUCCAGUACCCACUUGCUGCUUUAGUUUUAAAUUACGACACAUUUGUUGAUGAUAUUCUCUUUGGAGCGUAUAAUCUUGAAGAUGCCUUUAAGGUUCAAGAUCAAGUUAUUGCGUUGCUUGAAAAGGCUAAACUGGAGUUACAUAAGUGGGCAAGCAAUGAUUCACGUUUGGUUUCGAACAUUCACCCGACUAAAUAUGGAUUAGAAUGGAACUCUCUCUCCCACGACAAUAGAGGGGUCAAGUUGCUUGAAUUGAGGUGGCAUCCUUCCACUGACACAUUCACAUUCUCUCUUGAUUUAGAUCUGCCUUCCACAUUGUCUAAAAGACAAGCCCUCUUAAUUUUGUCUCAGUUGUUUGAUCCUCUUGGUUGGAUUUCACCAGUUGUUGUUAACGGCAAAAUCCUCAUGCAACAGCUCUGGUUACUGGAAAUACCUUGGGACGAGGUAAUGAAUGAUUCAGUAUCUCGACAUUGGUUUGAUUAUUUUAAAUCACUACAUACGCUUUCACAAAUUCAAAUUCCACGUUGGAAUGGAUUUCAUGUGAAUAAUCAGUCAAGUGAACUUCAUGGAUUUUGUGAUGCAUCAAACAAAGCGUAUGGCGCAGUUGUAUAUCUUAGAACCAUUAAUGAAUUAGGAAUAGUGGGUGUGUCUCUUCUAGUCAGUAAAACCAAAGUCGCUCCUAUCAAACAAGUGUCAAUCCAUCGAUUGGAACUUCAGGCGGCAUUGUUGUUAGCCCAACUUUGUACAGAAUUGAGUGGGGCACGGGCAUUUUCACAUGUUCCUAUCCAAUGUUGCACUGACUCCAGUAUUACAUUAGCCUGGUUGAAAAGGCAUGCUUCCACAUGGAAACUAUUUGUUUCUAAUCGGGUAGCAGCCAUACAUGAGUUGCUCUCCGAUCAUCAAUGGAGACACGUAUCUAAUCCUGCUGAUUUAGCGUCUAGAGGAUGCACUCCAAAUGACUUGGCAACCAGUUCUCUCUGGUGGGCUGGGCCCAACUGGUUACAUCAUCCUCCAUCACAAUGGCCAAUUAUGUUCUUUGAUCCUCCACCAGAAGAUGCCAUGGAAAUAAAGGUCAAGGUACUUCAUGUAGUUGAUGAUUCUAAUGAUCCGUUGUACAUAGUAGUUAAUAAGUUUUCGUCUUGGUUAAAGGUCGUCCGAAUCACUGCAUAUCUACUACGACAAAUGUUUUUUACUGAAUUGCAAGCAUUGCAAAAAGGUUUAAGUGUUCCCUCCCAUAGUAAGCUGUCGUCACUGAACCCAUUCAUUGACCAGGCCACUGGUGUUUUACGUGUUGGUGGACGCUUGGAUCAUUCUGCAUUACCUUACGAGGCACGGCACUCUGUUAUAUUACAUGCUCAUCCUUUGGUCUCAUCCAUUAUUCAUUAUAUUAACAUGCGGUGCCUACAUGGCGGUAUGAAACUUACCCUCAGUACUCUCCGGCAAACUAUUUGGUUAAUUAAUCCUAGGCCGAAAAUUAGGUCUGUUAUAUUUAAGUGUCUUCCUUGUGCACAAAUACGCGCCAAAUUGUCAUCUCAGUUAAUGGCCGAUCUACCAAAGUCCAGGGUAACUCCAUCUUCCCGCGCAUUUUCAUCUUGUGGCAUUGACUAUCCUGGACCCCUUCAANUUCCUUGUGCACAAAUACGCGCCAAAUUGUCAUCUCAGUUAAUGGCCGAUCUACCAAAGUCCAGGGUAACUCCAUCUUCCCGCGCAUUUUCAUCUUGUGGCAUUGACUAUCCUGGACCCCUUCAAGUACGAAUGGCGGGCGGUCGUGGUAUUCAAUCCCAGCAAUGUUAUGUUGUUGCUUUGUCACCUCAUUUUGGGGGAAUUUGGGAAGCGGGAGUCAAGAGUGUUAAGACACAUUUAAAGCGUGUGUUGUUGGAUCAAACUCCUACCUAUGAGGAGCUCACUACGCUUCUAUGUCAGAUCGAAGCAGUUUUGAACUCUCGACCCCUCAGACCUUUAAACGACUUGAUUGAUGACUUGAACCCACUGACCCCAGGGCACUUUCUUACUGGGGGGCCACCUUAUUUAGUGCAACAAUGUUCUCUCCUUGACAGCAAUUCGAAUUGUUUGACUCGGUGGGCUAGGAUGCAACAAAAUUUAGAACUGUUUUGGACAAAAUGGUCCCAUGAUUAUCUUCAGUCUCUGCAACACCGCACUAAAUGGCGGCUACCUGAAAUGGAACUGAAGAUAGGUCAUAUGGUUCUUUUAAAACAACCUAACUGUCCUCCUGCAAAGUGGAAUAUUGCACGUGUAAUAGAAUGCUUCCCGGGGUCUGAUGGUCAUGUUCGCACAGUGAAAGUUAAAACUGCGAAAUCUGAUUAUUUGCGACCAAUUACGGAGCUGGUACUUUUACCGAUUGACCUUGAGAAGAAGGAUUGUAAUUAG